AUGGCAAUCAGCUUAAAAGCCGAGGAUGUCGCCGGGUCAAAGGAGUCAAAAGGUCUCGAGACACCGCAUUUGCAAAUACAAGAAAUCACAGGGGAUAUUGCACAUACUAUGGAAACAUCAACAACAACGAAUCCGCCACUCGAGAACACACAACGCCGAAAAAGAGUGUUGCUGUCUACGGAGAGCGCGUUUGCCGCCAAUUUUCUACCGCCCUUGAUCCGCAGUCCUGAUAUCGAGCUUCGAUUGAUCACCGACGAAGAAUCUUCUGCGAUUUCGACAGGGGCAACUAAAGUCCCUCAUUAUAUGGAUUCGGUUGAUAGUCACACGUUUGAUAAUAGGACAGGUUCACGGAGAUGGCUUCGAGCAAAGGCGGCGGAGUUGUGCGAAUGGGCCGAUCUUCUUAUCGUUGCUCCGAUUGAUGCUGGAACACUGGGUUCAAUGCUAUACGGCCUAACACAUACGUUGACUCUUUCUCUUCUUCGAGGAUGGGAUAUGAAUAAACCCGUUUUUCUAGUCCCUGGUAUGACGGUAUCGGAGUGGACAAAUCCGUUGACUGAGCGACAAUUGCAAGAAUUGGAACAUAACUGGCCGUGGAUUGUGCGGAUACCGCCUUUGUUAUGGAAUCAUACUGGACCGGAAGAAUUGACACAUUUGCCGUGGGAUGGAAGCCGUGUUUUCGAGGACACGCUACAGAAGAUGCUCGAUUUGACUAAUGCUCCAGCCGAACAAGUAAGCCAGUCGAAACAAGAACCAGAGGAAACACUGGAGACGAAGAAUACCUCGAUGGCUAUCGCCAAACUCGCUCAACAGGCCGCCAAGCAUCGCGAAGAAAGCCAAAGUGGCCGUCCCAAAUCGCUACCUCUGGAGUUGUGGCUGAACGUUUUUGUGGACCAUUUAGGAGAUUGGGAAAUUGCAAAAGCAGUUGGAAUUCCGACGAAUCUUCCAGUGCCUAGAGAAUGGCAGCCUCAUAUACUGAAGAUGUCGACACCGCCUUCUUUGGAAUACACUAUACUUCGGGGUUCAUUCACAGCCAUCACGUCGAAAAUCAAGGAACUCACUCCGUAUACGCCGCUGUCGAACCUAGCGUGUCAUUUGAUAUUCAAAUUUUCACGAACUGACAUCUUGACAUAUUUGUUGGAAAAGCAUCCCAGUCUAUAUAGCACGACGACACGCUUUAAAAAUAUACCAUAUCUUGCCUCUGCUAUCUACGACAACCCGACUAUCCUAACAUGGUGGCGCGACUCUCCCGAUUCAUCAACCCAGGAACACAGCGCAGACGCCAUGGAUGGCGCUUCUAGGUCCGGAAAUAUCAACGUUCUAGACUGGUGGCUAUCCUCCGGCUUACCGCUACGAUACUCCGAACGAGCCUUAGAAUCAGCCAGUGCCGAAGGUCGCGUCGAUGUUCUCGACUGGUGGAAGAACGCUUCUUUGACCGCACCAGCAUCAUGUCCCAUACCCUUGAAAGUCGGUAAAUCAGUUCUUCUAGCAGCACAAUCUGGGAAAACGCAAUCCCUCGCCUGGUGGGAUGCAUCCGGCAUUCCUUACACACACUCCGAGUCUGUGGCGCGUAUAGCCAGUACACACGGCCACAUCCACGUUCUCGAAUUAUGGUAUCGCCUCAAGGGCGCGAAGAUGAUCUUUGAUAACCAAGUCCUCGUCGGGGCCACGCGAAGUGGACACGACAAUGUCCUUGAAUGGUGGCGCAAGAGCGGACUGCGAGUCGAAUUUAAGACUUGCGAUAUUGAGGAGGCGCUGGAAGAUGCUGAUCCGUCUACACAUGCGGCGCAACGGGUGCGGCAGUGGUGGGCGCGCAAUGGGUUGAAUCUUGGUGUGGGUACGAGUGAGUGGAUGAAGGUCAAGGUGUUGACGUGA